AUGCAGCUCCGUACGGGAGCAGCGGUGCUGCGCAGCACUUCGAUAACGUCACGAUCUAUCCUCUCCUCCUCUUCCUCCCGAUGUUCGCAAUGCCGACGAAUUACUCCCCUCGAUGCCCGGAUACCUCGUACCACUGCCCUCUACCACUCAUCCUCGAGACGGUCUUCAGCAUGGGGCGCCGCUGUGUCUGUUGCGUCCAACAUGGCUGCGAAUGCCGUCAACCGCGUGAUCCCCAAGGGUGACAUGCACAUCGACCCUCUGCGGACAGUGGCGAAGGAGAUGAAGUUCUUGACGGGCAACAUCCGGAAGCUUCUUGGUUCUGGUCACCCGUCUCUGGAUCGCGCCGCCAAGUACUACACACAGGCAGAGGGCAAGCACAUGCGUCCUCUCAUCGUUCUGCUCAUGUCGAGAGCCACCGCCUUAUGUCCCAAGGGUCCCCGGCUCCAAUCUGGUCAAGCCAUUGGUAGCGUUGAUACGGCGAUAUCUCCCCCGAACAUCCUCGUCGACGUCAACCCGAGCUCGCCCUUGACAAGCGCCGUCCCCGAGCCUGUCGAGACCGAAUCUGACAUCCUCCCGUCCCAACGCCGUCUGGCCGAGAUCACCGAGCUGAUCCACACGGCAUCCCUGCUCCACGACGAUGUCAUCGAUCACUCCGUCGCGCGACGCGGAUCCCCUUCGGCGAACCUCGAGUUCGGCAACAAAAUGGCUGUCUUGGCCGGCGACUUCCUGCUAGGCCGCGCAUCUGUCGCCCUGGCCCGUCUGAGGAACGCCGAGGUCGUUGAGCUUCUCGCCACGGUCAUUGCCAACCUUGUCGAGGGCGAGUUCAUGCAGCUCAAGAAUACUGAGCGGGAUGAGCGUAAGCCAGUGUGGUCGGAGGAGGCGCUCACCUACUACUUGCAAAAGACCUACUUGAAGACGGCUAGCUUGAUCUCAAAGUCAUGCCGUGCCUCGGCAAUUCUCGGCGGGUCAGACGCUGCUUCAGUCGAGGCAGCAUACGCCUAUGGUAAGAACCUAGGCCUCGCAUUCCAGCUGGUCGACGACAUGCUCGACUAUACACGUAGCGAGAAGGAACUGGGUAAGCCGGCCGGCGCCGACCUUGAGCUUGGUCUCGCGACGGCCCCUCUACUAUUUGCGUGGAAGACGAAUCCGGAAUUGGGUGCUUUGGUAGGCAGAAAGUUCGAGCAGGAGGGUGACGUCGCCAGGGCACGCGAGUUGGUCCUCCAGAGUGACGGUAUUGAGCAGACGAGGGCACUGGCCCAGGAUUAUUCCGAGCGGGCCAUUGCAGCCAUCAGCGAUUUCCCCGAGAGUGAGGCCAAGGACGGUCUCAUUGAAAUGGCCAUGAAGGCAUUGAAGAGGACAAAAUAA